GGCGUUUGGUCGUGUCAACGGAAGAUUUUGCCCGGAAAACAACCCACCCGAGAUUUUUCAUAGGAGGAACCCCUCUCCGGUUCCCCAGAAUCCGCAUCCGUAUCUGCAGCAGGCGUGUGCGUGUGUGUUUGUUCGUAUCUGUGCUAUGUGACUAAGCCAACCAGUUAAAAACUAUAGCUAAAGCUAGAACUGAAGAAUAAAUUCGUUUUAAUAUAUACCCCAAACCGUUGUGGGUGCUGGCUGGGGAGUUAAUCUUCCUUUGCAGACGGGUGCAAAAUCUGUAAUUGAAAUUUCGUCGCUUACGAAAUUCAAAUUGCCCUCAACGAAGUUUUCAUCUGAAAGUCAAACACUUUGGCACAGGAAACCGCGAGCAGCACGGGACCGGAAUUUUAAUCAAGUGCAGAAUGCAGUCAAAAAGGGUCGGAGGCGAGGCAAAAACAACGGCGCUCUAAUUGAGGCUCGGACCACGUCCAGGAUUCGGACUAGGACCAGGACCAGGACCAUGGAGUUAUUUGUAUGCAGCCAGGUGAAUUCUGCGACAGAAACAGAAUCAACUACAGCAACGAAGUCGCCGAGCAGCGGCUAAACGGAAACCGGGAGCUGCAGCGAUUCAAAAACAAAGCAAACCAGAAAAUAACAGUGGAACAGAGCUCAACGAGUGAACCGAAUUCGAAUCCAAAAACUCAGUCAGUAUGAUGAGCGCCGGAGGAACGUACAUCUCCACCGCCAGCGUGGAGGUUCCACAAGCUUUGCAGGAUGGCGAAAAGUUCAUUCGAUGGGACGAUGACUCGGGCAAUGGAACGCCGGUGACGAUGCGUGUCGAUUCCAAGGGCUUCUACCUCUACUGGGUCGAUCAGAACAACGAAUUGGACAUUCUCGAUAUAGCCACCAUUCGCGAUGUUCGCACGGGACAGUAUGCCAAGCGGCCAAAGGACAACAAGCUUCGCCAGAUAGUGACGCUGGGCCCGCAGGACACGCUGGAGGAGAAGACGGUGACGGUGUGCCACGGCUCUGAUUUUGUCAACAUGACGUUCGUCAAUUUCUGCUGCACACGGCGGGAUAUUGCCCAGCUCUGGUCGGACGGGCUCAUCAAGUUGGCCUACAGUUUGGCCCAGCUCAAUGGUUCGGCUAUUAUGUUCCUGCAGAAGGCCCACACCAAACUGUGUCUGCAGGUGGACAAGAGCGGUCGCAUACCAGUGAAAAACAUCAUAAAACUUUUCGCCCAAAACAAGGAGGAUCGCAAACGUGUCGAGAAGGCGCUAGACGUGACCGGUUUGCCGUCGGGGAAGGUCGAUAGCAUAUCGGUGUCCAAAUUUCAAUUCGAGGAUUUUUACAAUUUGUACAAAUAUCUCACGCAGCGCUCGGAGGUCGAGCGACUCUUUGACAGCAUUGUUGGCAACUCGAAGCGCAAGUGCAUGUCCAUCGCCCAGUUGGUGGAGUUUUUGAACAAGACGCAGCGCGAUCCCCGGCUAAACGAGAUCCUCUACCCGUAUGCAAAUCCUGCCCGCGCCAAGGAGCUUAUCCAGCAAUACGAGCCCAAUAAGUUCAACGCACAAAAGGGCCAGCUCAGCCUGGAUGGCUUUUUGAGGUACUUAAUGGGCGACGACAAUCCCAUCAUGGCGCCCAACAAGCUCGAUCUCUGCGACGACAUGGACCAGCCGAUGUCGCACUACUUCAUCAACUCCUCGCACAACACUUACCUGACGGGUCACCAGCUGACGGGCAAGUCCUCCGUCGAGAUUUACAGGCAGUGCCUCCUGGCGGGUUGCAGAUGCGUUGAGUUGGACUUUUGGAACGGGCGCACCGAGGAGCCGGUCAUUGUCCACGGCUACACUUUUGUGCCCGAGAUCUUUGCCAAGGACGUGCUGGAGGCCAUCGCAGAGAGUGCAUUUAAAACAUCUGAAUACCCUGUGAUAUUGAGCUUUGAGAAUCACUGCAAUCCAAGGCAACAGGCCAAAAUUGCCAACUAUUGCCGCGAAAUAUUCGGCGAUAUGCUGCUCGACAAGCCCUUGGACUCUCAUCCGCUGGAACCGAACAUGGACUUGCCACCGCCGGCGAUGCUGCGGCGCAAGAUUAUCAUCAAGAACAAGAAGAAGCACCACCACCACCACCAUCAUCACCACCACAAGAAGCCGGCGCAGGUGGGCACGCCGGCAGCUAGCAACAAACUGACGACGGCCAACUCAGUGGACGCCAAGGCGGCGGCGCAACAAGUGGCAGCGGCAGCCCACGAGGAUGGGGGCGUGGCCAGGAGCACCGCCAACGGGGACAUAGGAACGGGAACAGGAACAGGAACCGGAAGUGCGACUGGGACAGCGGGUCAUGCACCGCCACUACAACAAAUCCGACAGAGCUCCAAGGACAGCACAGGAUCCUCCGAUUCGGACAGCUCCUCGGACGAUGAAUCCCUGCCCAACACCACGCCCAACCCGCCCAGCGGCAACGAACCUCCGCCGGAGAAGGCGCAAAAAGAAACGGAGGCCGGAGCGGAGAUCUCGGCUCUGGUUAACUAUGUUCAGCCCAUCCACUUCAGCUCCUUCGAGAAUGCGGAGAAAAAGAAUCGCUGCUACGAAAUGUCCUCGUUCGAUGAAAAACAGGCAACAACCUUGCUGAAAGAGCGACCCAUUGAGUUUGUGAACUACAACAAGCACCAGCUAUCGCGUGUCUAUCCGGCGGGCACUCGCUUCGACAGUUCCAACUUUAUGCCGCAGUUGUUCUGGAAUGCGGGAUGUCAGCUGGUGGCCCUCAACUUCCAAACCCUCGACCUGGCCAUGCAGCUUAACCUGGGCAUCUUCGAGUACAACGCCCGAUCUGGUUACCUACUGAAGCCGGAGUUUAUGCGUCGCUCGGACCGGCGAUUGGAUCCGUUUGCGGAGAGCACUGUGGAUGGCAUCAUAGCGGGCACAGUUUCGAUCACGGUCCUCUCCGGACAGUUCCUCACAGACAAGCGGGCGAACACCUUCGUGGAGGUGGAUAUGUACGGACUGCCAGCGGACACGGUGCGGAAGAAGUUCCGCACCAAAACGGUUCGGGACAAUGGCAUGAAUCCGGUCUACGAUGAGGAGCCCUUCGUGUUUAAGAAGGUGGUGCUCCCCGAACUGGCGAGCAUUCGCAUUGCAGCCUACGAGGAGGGAGGCAAGCUGAUUGGCCAUCGCGUUCUGCCUGUGAUUGGUCUCUGUCCUGGCUACCGGCAUGUGAAUCUCCGAUCUGAGGUGGGCCAGCCCAUAGCCCUGGCCUCCCUGUUUCUGUGCGUGGUGGUCAAGGACUAUGUGCCCGAUGAUCUCUCCAACUUUGCCGAGGCCCUGGCCAAUCCCAUUAAGUACCAGAGUGAGCUGGAGAAGCGCGACAUACAGCUGUCUGUGUUGACAGACGAAACCGAUGCGCUGGGCAAUGCGGACGAGGAUCUCUCCAAGUCGUUCGUUUUCGUCCAAGUAGGUGGCCAGAAGAAGGAGCUGCGUCCGGUCGAAUCGCUAGCCACAUCGCCCAAGCACAGGGCCAGCAUCUCGGCGGCGGCCGCGAUGAGUGUGGAGGUCACCAUGGAUCGCACCGACGGCGGCAGGGGUGAGGAUAGCGUCUCCAUUGUGGCCCCCUCCAUACAGCAUCAGCACUCGCUGGACCAGUCCGUCAGCACCUCCAUUCGCCAGGUGGAGUCGUCGCAGUUCGACGUGGAUCUGGUGCUGGCCGAACCGCUGGACAAGAUCCUCGACCACAAGACCGUCAAGGAGAAGCGCCUUGAGAUGGAGAAGAAGCUGGAGUCGCUGCGCAAGAAGCACGACAAGGAGAAGGUCAAGAUCGCUGGUCAGAAGUCCAGUCCGCUGGAGGGCAAGAAGCCCAAGUUUGCCAUCACCAACAAGCUGGUGAAACGGCUAAGCAACAAGAGUCUUAAUUGUCUUUCUCCACACAGCGAGCCCGGCGUGGAGAUCCCCGCCUGCCCCCUGGAUCUGGGUGAUAGCAGCGAGGAGAGUGCAGGUGCAGUCGAUGCCGGUGAGGAUUUGGCUGGCGGGAGUGGCAGCCUGGAUGGCCGCACCCAGGAGUCCCGAUUGCGCAGUGCCUGCCGCGAGUACACCUCCCAGUAUCGCGAGUUGCAGGAGAAGUACCACGAGGCCAUCUACAGCGCAGCUGAGAAGGUGCUGAAGGCCUCGCAGGCCGGGCAAACGAAGCAACUGAAGGCAUCGCUGGACAAGGUCACCGGCGAGGUGAUGCACCAGCUUCAGGAGGCACGCCGCAAUGAGGUCAAGAACCUGGCCACUGUGCACCGGGAUCGGGAUGAGCUGGUCAGGAUGAAACGCGAGGUGGCCAGCUCCGUUGUGGAACGUGGUGUAGCGGAGCGAGUGCGUCUGAAGCAGACCUUUGAGCGGCGCACGGAUGAGCUGCAGAAGCAGCACGAUUCAGUGCGCAAUGCCCUCACAGAACACCGCUCCAAGGCUCGUCAGAUUCUCGACAAGGAAGCGGAAUCGCGAAGCUGCGUCUCCAGCAAUGGCUUCCUGGUGCUCUUCCACGGACCCCAUCACCACGGCUGUUCGGGAUCCGGCUCGUCGGCCAUUUCUGGCAAUAAUCUCACUCUGAAUUUGGACGCGGGUGCCGCCGGUGGUCAUUCUGCCAUUUCGCCGGCCAGGUCGCACAACAGCAUCGCCGCAGCAGCGGAGAUGAAAACGUAAAUGGGUCUCGCACCCACGGUUUUUGCUUCCCGCCCCCCAACUAUCCCUAGGAUUAAUUGUGGUUCUACAGUUGUUAGUAUUCAGUAUUUGCAGCAGAAACAGAAAUGAAAUAGUCUUCGUAGAGUUUAAGCAACGGCGGAGUAGGCGCUACCCUACUCUGACACCUAAUUGACGGGAACUGACCUCGACUAGUUCUAGAACUUAGGGUCUGCAGACAGACCUAAGUCUAAGUGCAACUCCCACUCCUAAGGGGAAUCCAAGCGAAACGCGUUUUCUAACUGAACAAAAUAGAUGUAAAUGCAACUCUCUCGCAUGUAUGAUGUACUUGUAGUAUAACUGUCAACGUAGCCGUACUUUGCAGUACCUUAUAUGUAUGCUCUAUACUGUAUACUGUGACUAUCGGUGUAUAUCUAUGGUGUGGAUACAGAUACAGUCCAUCGAACCCUCGUCGAACCGUACGGUUUCUUCCUAUUCGAACUACGCUGAAACUGAAACUCUAAGUGUCUAGUUAAACAAACAAACAAACGUAACAAAAGCAGAAGCAGAAUCUAAGUAUAAUUUAUUUGUCAAUACAAGGGAGGAAAGUCGAGUGCUCCAUUUAUCUAAUGCUAAUUGUGGUUGUGUGUAUUACUCUUUUAUAUCAGUUUUAAUCGAUCUAAUUUAUACGCUUAGUUUAAGGCUCUCGCAUAAACUGUGGAAUGAAUCUCGUGCGCACACAAGGCGGACGCGAAAGCGGAUGCCGAGCACAAGUCUAGGCCAACACUUAGUCAAUUAUUUUUCGGUUGGUUGCUAUUUAUUCUUGAUUUAGUCUCUACUCUAAUCUUUAUUUAGUUGUUACAAAGCUCCAAUAAAUUUCUAUAUUGAAUUGUU